UACUGCACUGUCGUGGAAACAAAAUCCCUUUCUAGGCAUGGGCCUGAGCACACAGCGCUGCGAGGGGAAUGACAACUAUUCACAUGGUGAUUAUAUUUAGACAGAAAGUAAUUAGGAGAAGUCGGACUGCUAACCCAGACUGUGGUGGAGGCUAGAAAGACUGGAGAGCUCCAACACUGCAUGAGAUCACCAACGGAAAGUGCUUUUCAGAAAACAUCUCCAACUUCAACCUGCUCUCUGGUCUAAAUGUGCAUGGGAAGCCAGCCCUCCCUUCUAGGCCAGGCCUGAGCAGUGACGGGAUACUUCAGCUGCAGAUCUUCAGCCGCCUCCAAUUCAUUUCUGAACAACUCCAGUGGCAAAGGUAUCCCAAGGGGAAAGAUUUACUGGAGGGGAGAACUAACGAAGCACAAAUUGUGAGAAGUUGGCAAAGUCAAUACCAGGCAAGUCUUCAUUAAUAUUCUUUCAAGCAGCUCCAUUGCCUCGACAUACCAUUAAUGAGAGAGUCCUUGUCAGUGGAGGAGGAUAGACACACAGUUGUCACAGAGCAAGCCCUCAACCCUUCCAGAGGUCUCCCAUUGGUGCAAACUGAUUGAUGAGUGAUUUCUCGUUGAUCGAUUAGCCUUCCUCCCAGCUGAUGCAGUGAGGCCAGUCUGGUUGCUUCAUAUGAUUUGAGAACUUUUCAAGCACUAAUCAGACAGAGACAAAAGUUGUGAACUUUUUUUAAUGUGUUGCCGUUUUUUGAGUUAAGAGUCAACUCAACUGAUACAUUGGACUGGCAGCAUUCGAUUGGAACCUGUUGACAUGGCUCUCAAUAUAUCUUCAGUAAGGGACACAAAAUGGCUGACGUUGGAAGUGUGUCGGCAGUUUCAGAGAGGAACUUGCUCACGGAGUGAUGAGGAAUGCAAAUUUGCACACCCACCAACGAGCUGCCAGGUUGAAAAUGGAAGAGUUAUUGCCUGCUUCGACUCGUUAAAGGGUCGUUGUUCAAGAGAAAACUGUAAGUACCUUCAUCCGCCUUCUCAUUUAAAAACCCAGCUAGAGAUUAACGGACGCAACAACCUCAUCCAGCAGAAGACGGCAGCAGCCAUGCUGGCCCAGCAGAUGCACUUCAUGAUCCCAGGCACGAGCAUGCAGCCUGUACCUGCGUUCAAUGUCACCCAGGGGCUUGGUACGAGCCCAGGUCUCAGCUACUCUCCUUACCUUACUCCCAUGACCUCCAUGAGCCAUGGGAUGAGCCUGAUACCCACGGAGCUGCUCCCCAGCACCCCAGUCAUGGUCCCUGGAAGCCCCCCGGUCACACUCCAGAGCUCUAACUCGUCCUCCUCUUCCCCCUCCCAGAAGCUAUUGCGCAUCGACAAACUGGAGGUGUGUCGUGAGUUCCAGCGGGGGACCUGUGCGCGAGGCGAGACGGACUGCCGCUUUGCCCACCCCAGCGACAGCCCCAUGAUCGACACCAGUGACAACACGGUCACCGUCUGCAUGGACUACAUCAAGUCGCGCUGCUCCAGGGAGAAGUGCAAGUACUUCCACCCCCCUGCACACUUACAGGCCAAAAUCAAAUCCUCUCAACACCAGGUCAACCAUACGGCUGUGGCAGCCCAGGCAGCAGCUGCAGCCAUGACUCAGUCGACUGCCAAAGCAAUGAAGCGACCCCUCGAGGCAACUGUAGACCUGGCAUUCCCUUAUGGCUGCCUGCAGCCCCUUCCAAAGAGACAAGCACUGGAGAAGAGCCACGGGGCCAGCUCCUUCUUCAACCCCAGUAUGUUGCACUACCAGCAGGCUCUGGCCAAUGCACAGCUCCAGCAGACAGCUGCGUUCUAUCCCACAGGGUCCGUGUUUUGCAUGUCUCCUGCUCCCGGCGUUGAUCAUCCUCAAGUAACUAACAGGAAAGGAACAGAGUGUCAAGACGCUGCCCUUAGAGAUCCCAAACAGCCCGUCUGUAAAUACUACAUUUGCUCCACAAGAGAACUACAGCAACCUGCAUGCUGAGAAGAAGAUUAGAGGCAAUGUAUAACAUUGAGCUAUGGUAAAAUAUAUAUAUAUACUGAUGAUAUACCAGUGUUGCUAGGACUACUACCAUUACUGAUAUGUAAAUGACUGAUUUUAUUAUAUGUAUACACACAUGAUUGGGGAUUCUGAAAAUGUAAUUGUAAAGGUAUUCAACAAUUACUUUUUUUAUGACCUUUUUAAUGUUUUGCUAAAACUACACAACACUCACCGAAAUCAAACUUUUUUUUUUUUUUUUUUUUUUGCAGAAAUGAUUGUGCAUCUAAGUGUUUGAUUCCUUUUAUUUAAAACACAGACUGUUGAAAAGCUCUCUUGUUUUUACUACCCCAUAUACAAAUGUACACUUGGCCUGUGCAUCAGGCCGGAAGGAGUGCUCUUGUUGUUCUUGUAAAGGAUGAAUGUGACAGAGGAUGGGAUAGUCUGUUGUUUAUCUGAUGGUUGUUCUCUGAUUAUAGGAUCACUGCUCCCCCUCCCGGUGUGCCUUGGUCCCUUUAUGAUGAAGGAAUAAGACAUGAUAAUAGCAGAACAUUGAAUUCUACCUUAUGGUGGCCAAAUGGCAGUGAUUAUAAUCAGCCACUAAUUCCAGAAUUGAUAAUGAAUCUAGCGAUCACUGGUUCCAAGUGUCUGUUUGCGCUGCACUGUUUGCGUUAUGUCUAUUGGGCCUUGAGUAUUUUAGCAUUCAUCCAAGAAACACCAUCUACCAGAUGUGCCAAUGACCUAGCAGAGUGAUUUGGUGGGCUGAAAAUAAUCCACCUUAGAAGAACUGAAAGGCUGAGUAAGAGUUUGGUGAGCUAUUAGACAUUUAAAGGGUUAGGUAGUUAUACUCCGAGGCCACAGACAUUAAAACAAAGGUACGUGUGGUGAUCUUUGUUAAAAAGGCUUACUUACACAUGAUGGGAGGUCACUUGUUAAUCUGGUCUUAUUCUAACUGUAGAAGUGCCUAAAGUAAUGUAUAUAACAUGCAUCUUGAAAAGGCUCUGUGUGAAAAAAUAUUCCACAUUAAAUAGAAAACCCUCACAAUUUCUCAAAACACUCCACAGUCUCACAAUAAUCACUUCUGGAAGAAAAUGAACACCUGUUUUGUGUGAUGUGAAUUCAGUGCAUUGGUACUCUUUGUACAGUGGGUUAGUUUUUACUGCUUUAACUUUUCAUUUGAUCAUUGACUUUUAUUUUAUUUUAAAUGUCAAUAUCUGACAGAUCUGAACAUGACUGCUUUGGCAUGAUGUUCAGUGAGGGUUCAUUAUGUAACAUGGUUUAGCUUCAUGCUUAAUGAGUUGAACGUUUUUUGCGACUAAAAAAAGUGAUUGGAGAUGAGAUUAGAAAACCGGAUAUGUAUCGUAAUUCUAUGUUGCUAACUCAUUCUUCUCUUUAUACAGCUGUCUUUAUCAUAUCCUCACGUUUACUGCAUUGAUAUCAUAGUCUAACAUCUUUCAAGUAGAAUGUAUCACAAUACAUGUUUUAGUGGUAGGACGUGGUCACAUUACAAAUGUAAUGAAACUCAUAUAACUCUACAUAUGUUAUUGUCAAAGCUUCAUUGUAUUUACAAACUGGUCUAUAAAACUAGCACUUACAAAACACAAGACAGAUUUAUCCACCAGUGCAAAGUCUAUACCUGUUAUUUACAGUAGGGUAUAGAAGACUACUGAAGCCAGUUAUUUACAGAAGGAUAUAAAAGACAAAAAUAAAGGAAAAAAUAUUGAACUAUUUACAUUUUAUCUACACGUACCAUUAUUUUACCUUUUUGCUCAAACUUGUAUGUUUUAUUUGCUCUUGAAAUAACAUUUAAAAACUUCACACAGGUGCAAACUGUUACCCAGUCUUUCAUUCUCCCCUUUUCAUUUUGUGUGUGAGUGAAAUCUGUAGGUGUAAAAAAAAAAAAAAAAAA